AGACUGAGACUGAAGGGGCCGCUGUGUGCAGGGGUGUGGUCUGGAACACAAAGCAUGCUGGCAUACUGUCUCUGGUAUUUAAACACCACACCCACCUCCUAUCCUCACAGCACAAAGUUACCCUGUGCAGGAACUGUCUCACUUAACUGAGGUCAUAAUGGCAUUGGUAUCUGAAUUCUUGGGCCAACUUACCCUGAAUUUUGGUGGGGAAAGUGAGCCCAAAUACCCGACUGUGGUUCCCUUUGCUGACUUUGAUCCUGAAAAAGAUGCUGCCAGAAUCGAGACUGCUAUAAAAACAAAGGGUGUAGAUGAGCAGACCAUCAUCGACAUCUUAACCAGACGCAGCUACUCUCAGAGACGGGAUAUUGCCUUUGCCUAUGAGAGGAGAGCUAAGAAGGAUAUGAUCACAGCUCUGAAGGGGGCAUUGUCUGGCUCCCUGGAGACUGUGAUUCUGGGUCUGAUGAAGAGUACCGCCCAGUAUGAUGCCUCGGAGCUCAAGGCUUCUAUGAAGGGUUUAGGGACUGAUGAAGAAAGUUUAAUCGAAAUCGUCUGCUCUCGCAGCAAUGAAGAACUGGUGGAGAUCAAACGAGUCUACAAGGAGUUGUUCAAGAAAGACCUGGAGAAAGAUGUGGCUGGAGACACCUCCGGGGACUUCUGCAAACUGCUGCUGGCCCUUGUACAGACAAAGAGGGCAGUGCCCGGCAGCAUGGUGGACUAUGAGAAGAUUGACGCGGAUGCAAAAGCCCUAUAUGAAGCCGGUGUCAAGAGGAAAGGAACUGAUGUGGCCACGUGGAUCUCCAUCAUGUCAGAGAGGAGCGUCCCCCACCUGCAGAAAGUGUUUGAGAGGUACAAGAGCUACAGCCCAUACAACAUGCAGGAGAGCAUCCACAAGGAAGUGAAAGGGGACCUGGAAAAAUCCUUCCUUACUCUAGUUGAUUGCUUUGAAAACAAACAGCUGUACUUUGCGACCAGAUUAUGCAAUGCCAUGAAGAGUAAAGGUGCUAAGGAGAAGGUGGUGACCAGGAUCAUGAUAUCUCGCUGCGAGGUGGACCUCAUGAAGAUCCGUACCGAGUUUAAGAAGCAUUACGGAAAGUCACUGCACCAGACCAUCGCAGAGCACACUAAAGGAGACUACCAGCGGGCUCUGCUCAGCCUGUGCGCCGGAGAUGAUUAGGUCAGAGUGGGACAAUAACCAGUGACCCCUCCACCACAGCAAUGGGAGAUUCGCUGUUUUGCUCUCCCAUUUCUAUGAAGACUGUCACUCUUGGGCAACAUCACAUGGAGGGGGAGGGGUC